CUUGCUCACGUAUACCUCCGCCUUGAUCACGCACGUCUUUUUCUGUCAUCGAUAUUGGACGAUGAAUAAGUGGAUCACGGGAUGGAUUGUAUUUCUCAUUACAGCAAAUGUAAUUUGUACUUUGCUGGCUAUUAUCUAUACUUCCCUCCACCCGAAAGAACUUGUAUUAACCGUUCUCUGGCUUGGACGUGUUUGCGCAUACAGACGCCUCAUACAUCUACAAGAAGCUUAUUACGACGUGCCACGAUACAAGCGCUGACUUGCGGUUUCGCGAUGGCCAUUUUCACAACUUUCAUGUCCGCCUCGAUUUUCAUUGUUUGGAAUGUAUUCCGUCUCCUCUUUGCCAUACUCGGACGUAUUUACAGCUUGACACUUCUGAUAACUGUUAUGCUGCUUAAGGUUAUGAAUCGUAGCGACCCAUCGUCGAGCAGGAUAAAUGGCAAUUCGGAUUCUACGACCCUAGGUCCGAUUUGCUUUAAGCACACGCUGGAUACCGAGGUUAGCAAAAGACAGCCAUCGAGCAAUGAGACUGAAAACUCUCGCCACUUGCAUCCUCACUUCGCGACUGUAUCAAAUGAUCAACCUUUCAUUCAUACUGUUUAAUUUGAUGGAGUCUGCUUAUUGAUCUGAAAGAAUUCGGAAGGAGGUCAUUAAUCAUGGUACCACUCAAGAUUUACCUUUACCCAAAGUUCGUUUAUAUUGUAAAUAAUUAUAGAUAGAAAGGUUUCAAGUAUUUUCGAAAAUCACUAGUAGUGGUAUAGUAGUCGCGCUGGCAAGCGGUUCUAAAAAUGAAGCAGCCAAUGGUGUCGGUUCAUCGACGCUCGAUCAUACCGCUCAAUUCUUUCGGUUUUCCGUCCUCUUUCCUAGACAAACGGGCGUCGGAUUCAUCUUCAUUUUGAAGUUCAUUCCUAUUG